AUGGGACAGGAGGGUGAUGGAAACUGCGGCGCGACGGCAACGUUCCCAUCUGUGUCUUCUUCGUCUGAAUUCUCGCCCAGAAAAGACGCCCCUAGUAGUGGUAGUUGGGUGUCUCGACUGACCCUCCUCUUCUAUGCGCGUUUGGCUUGCGGCGAUGAUCUUCCGCCUCUUAUUCAGCACAUCCGUACUCAGUUGCGGAAUCCUCCAGCGAAGGAAGUGACGGACACGUCAUUGCCAGCUUCAUCUUCAGCGGGUACGUCGUUCGUCGGGGCCGCGAUGGACCGAAUUCCUGCUGCGAUGCAGCAAAUACACGAGAAGGCAGCAAUAGUUCCUGACAUUAGUGAUGACGAAGAUUUGCAGCUGCGGCGUGCUGCGAGGGUUGCACUGCUCUUUUCAGUCGAAAGUGAGGGGGCGCAGGAUGAGGCGACGCGAUUGUUGUACGAGCCAUCUGUGGCGCAGCUGGCACGGUGCGCACCGCGACAGGGCGAAGGUGCCUUUUUGCCUUUGCCGCCCAGGGUUGAUUACCUGUUGAGUGACCGUGUUGCGGUGAGCUACGCGCGCAGGUGGGCGCAAGAGGGACGCUGGGACUGGGGGCUGCAGCUACUGGCACGCGCCGCUACAACCCGUACGACGACGGCGGCGGCGGUGGAGUUGUUCAGCCACGCCGGUCACUGGGACAGGGCGGUGCACUGUCUGAGCACCAUCCCACCGGCCGCAUGGUCGGAGCUGGAAGUUUCGGCCACUGUCCGCAGCUUGUACCGUGCUUCGCAGGAGCGGCGACGCGGCGAAAUGACGAACGCUCCCGCACCUGAGUUAUGGAGGCUGGCGCUGCACGUGCUGAAUACGAGCUGCGAGAAUAACGUGCGGCUGAGCACACCUUCAGCGGUUAACGACGCGCUAGGGCUUCUUGGAAUAGAGGGAAGGCAGUGGGCGCUCGCGUGCCAUGUUGUGGAAAGUAUGCUCCUGGAUCAUCAUGAGGGGUCGGUGACGAGUGACUCGAUGCACAAAGUACGACCCAACGUGGUGUCGGUCUAUCAGAUGUGCCGGGCUCUGCGGCGGCAGUGGCAUCUGGCACUUCAUUACGCUUCUUUGAUGAUGUACCAAGGUGAUGUUCGGAUAGAAGAUGAUCGCGAGAUGGCAGAGCGGCUAUUGCGGGCAUGCAUUAAGGGAAAUCGUUGGGCCGAGGCACUUCACACCGUUAAGCAGCGUCUAGAACGAAGCACAUCUGACAGAGGUACAAAAAGCGAGGAGAGUGUUAGUGCCAACACAUUUCUUGACGUUCUGCGGAUGCUAAACGACUACCAGAAGGGCCCUCUCGCAACACGGCUUCUUCAAGAGUCGCAGUUGUCCAAACACUUCAGCAAGGAUGUUACCGGUAAGGCGUACAACACAAUGCUGCGGUACAGCGGAACGGUUGCAGAGGCUCAGCUUUGUCUACAAACAAUAAAAUCGCUUGGUAUGGCUCUAGAAAAUGAGUCAUGUGAGCACUUAUUGAUCCUUUAUGCUAGAGAAGGCGAUUGGGAGCAAGCCUUGUCCUCACUCAACCUCUUGCUCGAGGACCCGCAACGCCGACGUCUUUACAUUCCAUCUGCCAAGACACACGACGCGGUGCAAUAUGCCCUGGAACGUGCUCCCCCACCGGGACCCUCGUGGGAGGUGUCAUUAAGGUUAUUCUCUCGCAUGAGUGAUUUGCAGGUGCCUGUGUCGGAGGUAGCUUUUCAGUCCACAGUGAAGAAGUGUUUUGCGCAGGGGCAAAGCGGCCAGGCCCAGGCUAUUUUCCAGUUUGUGAUGCGACAUGGCGUACAUAAGUGA